AUGUCAAAUUUAGAGAGUGAAGGAAAAGAGAGGAAAAGGAUGCAAGACGAAGAACGGUUUGUGAAAGAAAGAAGAAUAGACGGAAGGGGCGGAGUAGCGAAGGAAGGGAUCGAUCAGCGCAAAAGAGUAGUGUAUGAGGAGGAGAGGCGAGGCAGGAUGCAGAUGCGCCUCUCGAAGGUGAAUUCGCUUUCCGCUGCUUCACAUUGCGCUCGGCUGCCUGAAGGACCGAUCACGGGUAAAAUUUUAUUCGAGAUGGACGAGACAUCCAGGAAAUGUCCAUUGGUGAUUUUUGGGAAUUACGAGCAUCGCCUCGUCUCGUGCAACAUUAAACGCGGAUGCAAAAUCUACCGGUUGAGCAUUAAUAGAUUUAUUUAUAUUUCCUCCAUCAACACUUGUUGCGAAGUCUUUGUUUUCGGUUAG